AUGGAAGAGGGCAAGGUGGCCGCGAUUAGAGACUGGAGGGUACCAUCAUCCGUGAUCGAACUACGAUCCUUCCUCGGACUAGCCAACUACUAUAGGCGGUUCGUAGAAGGAUUCUCGAGAAGAACAGGGCCAUUAACCGAACUGUUGAAGAAGGAUAGCCAAGGAAGCUGGACUCCCGAAUGUCAAGCCGCCUUUGAGGUCUUGAAGAAAGUGAUGAUUGAGGGGCCGGUCCUCGAAAUUGCCGACGUGACCAAGCCAUUUGAAGUAGAGACUGAUGCUUCUGACUUCGCAUUGGUAUGGAAGAGGGCAAGGUGGCCGCGAUUAGAGACUGGAGGGUACCAUCAUCCGUGA